CCCUGCGCUGCCCGCAGACCCUUCUCUGGCAGCCGGAUGCUGGCCUCGCCCUCCCCCUCGGGUCAGCGGGGCCCUAGAGGAUGGGAGGGAGGCUACUGAACACUUGCUGCCCCACUUUGCCUCUGAUAGAUUGCCUAGAACCAAUUUGAAAGACCUUCAGCUGCAUUCUUUGUGGACAAAGUUCCAAAGGAUCCCGGAGUUUGACCAUCAUCUUUGCAGGAAGUCCCUUGCGACUCAGGUCCUGAUUCAGAGAUGGAGGAAUCAGGUUCAUCUUCUUCAAUCAUCUCAGAGCAGUGUCAACAGAGGCAGGAGGGGCUGAGCACCAUCAAGACAGACAUGGCUGAUCAGAGUCUCAUUUCAUCUGAGAAAUGGCUUCAAAUGUAUGGGCUUAAGAGCAACAGGCUGACCUUGAAGCAGAUCUUGUCACAGAUUGGAUUCCCACAAUCUGAAGAUUAUGUGACUUCUCUGGGGAGACUUGUGGCUUCUCGGUACGCAGAUGGUCUGUUUCCACAGUUCUACAGAGCAGAAGAUGGCAGACUGUACAACCUGACAGCAAAAUCAGAGCUGAUCCAUCAGUUUGUGGAAUCUUUAACACAAGCUGUGGAAAGCUAUAAGCGGUGGAUGGAUUGGCUCACCAGCAAAAGCCGGCAGAUUUUUGGUGUCAUCCUGGAACAGUGCGUCACCAUAGUGCUGGAUUUCAGUGACAUUCUGAUAAAGGAGCUUACUCUGUGCCAGGAUGCUCUGACAGUGGUUCUCCAGGAGCAGGUGGCUCACAUCACCAAGUUCAAUAUCAUAUGGUGA